UGUCCUGCUGCUGCUACCGGUGGAUUUGCCGAGAUCAAUAACCGAAACAUGGAGGAAGGGAUGGCGGCGCAGGGAGCGUCGUGCGUGCAGGUGAUGACCGACGAGCAGAUGGAGCUCCUGAGGAGACAAAUCUCGGCCUAUGCUGUCAUCUGCGAGCGGCUCGUGGAGAUGCACCGGGCCGUCUCGGCACAGCAGGAUGCUUUCUCAGGGAUGAAGCUGAGUGGUCUGUAUAAUGACCCUCUAGUGACGUACGGAGGUCCCAAGAUUUCUGCAAGGCAACGCUGGACGCCAACCCAUAUGCAGCUACAGACUCUUGAGAGCCUAUUCUACCAAGGCAUUGGAACUCCAAGCAAGCAAAGGAUCAAAGAGAUUGUUGCUGAGCUCUCACAGCAUGGACAAAUUUCCGAGGCGAAUGUCUACAAUUGGUUCCAGAAUCGAAGGGCGCGUUCGAAAAGGAAGAAGACCGCUGCAGCGCCGAGCAACACAGAGUCCGAAUCUGAGGCUAAAUCCCUGGUUGAGAAGAAGGCCAAGACAGCGAUGGCAGCUGCAUACAGCAACUUGUCCCCUUCAGUUUACGAUCAUAGCCCAGCUUCUAAUGGAAGCCAAGGGAUGUAUGAAGCACCAGAGAGUUCAAAGCUUUCAGGUGGUUCUGAUGGAAUGCCAGUUUAUGGAAUAUCUAUAUCAACCCCAAGGAAGCAGCCAUAGUUUCUUGGUUAGGUGUUUGUCAGAAUACACU